GCUAGAUCGGCUGGGUAAGAUGAUGUUGAUGGUGGUGAUGAUGUCAAGACACGCCUCGAAAUUUCCUUAUCAGAUCAGUGAUUCUUUUCCGAUCGAAUCGAUCCGCAUAUGUGGAAAAUACUGAGUCUGCAAACAAUAAAUCUACAGCAGUCGGUGCUCGGCGAUUAUGUGGGUUAAAACCGCGUAACUUGACGGUUUUGCGAGUAUUUUGAAACAGAAUCUUUUGGUGACCGGUUCACAUCCCUGUAAUAUGUUCUGCUAAGAAGUGGAAAACUGCUGCCAGUGAAAACCCUCGAAGGACUGUUGUUUAGAGUGUAAAAAGUGCUAUACUACCUCGCCGCAAUGAGAACCGUUGUGAACUUUAUACUUUUGCUUGCUUGCUUUCAACAUUCGACUGCUACUCACAGGACAUUACAGGAUGCCAGAAAUGAGCGGUCAAAGCUGAUGAACAAGUAUAUUAAGACACUGAAGAAGGAAGAGGGUGCAAUAAAGCUGGUGGGAGGACGACAUGACUAUGAAGGUAAUGUUGAGGUUUUACACAAUGGGAAAUGGGGGGCGAUUUGCGACGAUGAAUGGGACAAGGCUGAAGGCGAAGUGAUAUGCAGACAAUUGGGGUUUCCUGGUUUCAAAAAGGUCACACAUAGUGCAGCAUUCGGACUAGCAAAAAGGAAAUUCUGGAUGGACAACCUUUUCUGCACGGGUAAGGAAGCUGAGAUAACUGACUGCCACUUCGAUGGAUGGGGUCAGAGUGACUGUGAAUCAACUGAGGCAGCCGGGGUUAUUUGUAAAAGUCCUACUCCACAUCAUGAACCCAAACCAAUAAGAGUGAAAGUACCGAAGCGCAAAAUUCAUCACAAGCAAAAAAUGGAACUCAGAUUGGUUGGUGGACGUAUACAUACUGAAGGACGCGUGGAAGUUCGGUUUGGCGGGAGUGGAAGAUGGGGAACAAUAUGUGCUGAUGGAUGGUCCUUGCUGGAAGCAAAUGUUGCUUGCCGCGAACUCGGGUUUGGAUAUGCGAAUGACGCCAUUCAGACCGAUUACUUCGGAGGAGCAAAUAAGUCGAAAAUUAUUCUAAGCGGCACCGAAUGCUACGGCAAUGAAACAACCCUAUUCGAGUGUGUACAUCACGAUCCGGAUAAGCAUGUCCAUUGCCAUGGACCCAAGAAUCACGUCGCAGCUGUAACCUGCACAAAGAACUUACCUGAUUUAAUGUUCGAUCAUAUUGAACUGGAACAAUCCACUCAUCUCGAAGAUAAAGCUAUGUUUUAUUUGCAAUGCGCAAUGGAAGAGAACUGCGUGGCGAAUGAGGCCUACGAAAUCCAGAAGGAGAAUGAUGCAUGGCAUUUGGAAACAAGGCGACUUUUGAAGUUUACAGUCCGCGUUAUGAAUGUUGGAAAUACUGACUUCAGACCAUCCAUCCCAAAACAUUUGUGGGAAUGGCACAUGUGUCAUAUGCAUUACCACAGCAUGGAAGUAUUUGCAACGUAUGACAUAUUCGAUGCCAACAAUGUAAAGGUGGCUCAAGGGCACAAGGCAUCCUUCUGUUUGGAAGACAAUCAAUGCUUGCCAGGAAUUGAACCUAGGUAUGCAUGUGCGAAUUACGGUGAUCAAGGAAUUUCGGUAAAUUGUUCGGACAUUUACAGAUAUAACAUAGAUUGCCAAUGGGUGGAUAUAACUGAAAUGGAUUUCGGAGAUUAUACUCUGAAAAUUGCGGUGAAUCCUGAGUUCAAAGUAGCUGAGAUGAGUUUCGAUAAUAACGCAGCUAUCUGCAAGCUAACUUACACUCAACAAUAUGCAAGAGUAUUCGAUUGUAAAAUGGGGAGACCAUGAUCCUCAUAUGCAUUUCAUAGAUUAUGUACAUUUUAACCAUUGCAAACUGCUGUCCUAAUCAAUAAUUUUUAAUAAAUAUCAAUUGUAUGGAACUGAAUAACAA